AGAAAAGACUGUUAUCUGAUCUGUUGGUGUUGUUGGUCUUUACAGUCAGUCAGGCAUUAAGCGUGAAGAGGGCAGUCGAGGUGCAAACGAAGGUCUCUUGGGGAUUGCAAAGCGAAGCCAACUUCGUACACAUCAGCAAUCUGGCCAGUGCAUUGCUCUCCUCCAGGAUCACCUGAAACCACCUAUUGCCCCAGUGUUAAGGUGCAAAGAAAAUGCAUCUGGGUCAACAAAGCGCCCUGGUGGAUGGGCUGUCGCUAAAAGAGCUGGGGGACAGUGUGCUGGUGGAGAUAGAGCCCCGAAGGAAAGGACUGUCCUUCCUCAAACAUGUGGAGUACCGUAUUGUUAGCAAGUGUUUCCAGAUCCCGGUUCAACGCAGAUACAGUGAUUUUGAGAUGUUCCACGGUCUACUGCUGCAAAAGUUCAUCUACAGGAUGGUCCCGUCUCUGCCCCCAAAGCGUAUCCUUAAAGGAGUUUUGAACUCAGUAUCAGACCGAGAGUUUAACGAUAGUCGCCGCCGUGGUCUACAAAGAUUCAUGACCUUGGUGAUCAGACAUCCAGUCCUAGCAGGAGAUGAGUUGGUCAACAUCUUUCUGUCAGUAAGCAGCGCAGAUGUUCUAAACAAGAUGCGUGAUGCAUAUAAAAAGACAGGGGACGAGUUUCUGACCUCCCAAAUAGCGUUGCACGGCAAGGUGAACCUACCCGAGGGCAUGCAGAGCCAGGCUGCUGCUAAUCGAGAGGUCAUUGCAAGUCUCCACAGCAGUUUCAAUAAACUCAGAGAUGUGGCUGAGCGGAUGGCUCAGCGCUCAAGAGAAAACUCAACGGAUCUGCUUAUGUUUGGAAAAGACCUGAGUGAACUGGGCUCGGACACACCAGACCUGCCAGUGAACGCUACAAUGAGCAAAGCAUGGAAAACACAGAGGAAGUCACUCGUAGAGCUGUCAGGAGAAUUUGGUCUUCUCGCAGACAAAGCUGCACACCAGGGCAGCAGAGAAGAGGAUGAAGUGGUGGAGAAACUGAACCUUCUCCUCGAACAGCUGCAGUCGUAUAAAGACUUGUGUGAUCGGCAUGAAAGCGGUGUGUUAUUAGAGCAUCAGAGAGCGUUUGAAAAGCGCAGCGGGCCUGUGGCUACACACUUAAAAUACCAGAGCAACAUUGAGCAGUCUCGACUCACACAGCAGGAAAACACGAUUAUCACCAUGGAGAUGAGGAGUUAUUUCUCCCUUUUGUGUCUGCAUCAAGAAACCCAGAUGGUCUUCACCCAUUUGCCCCUUGUGACUUCAAUACUGGGGACAUUUGUCCACUCACAAUUACAAGGGCACAAAGAGAUGGGUGAUGUGUGGGGUGAACUUCAUCCGAAACUGAAGGAUCUGUUUGAGAGCGCUAAUGAACCCUCGUCUCGCUCCUCUUCUCAAACACACACCUCCAGAGGACAGAAGACCUGCGCUGUCAUUGGCCCUGCAUAACCAGUCCAGGACAGUAAAUAUGAGGGAAACUCCCAGCCUUUUCUCGAAACCCAAGAACUCAGUAUACUGCUUCAUGCAAUGUGUUUCCUUUCUCUUGACUGUACAUACUUUAACACUUCUCUUCAUUACUUUUCCAAAUAUGUAAAUACAGAAAACACAGUGGCCCUAAAACAUAUUUGAACACUUAAGGUCACAUAAAAAUGUCAUUAGAGACUAAAUAUCAAACUCUCUGCUAACCAAAUGUGCAAUCAAAACUAACUUCAUUUUUGUUAACCAU